CACCCCACCGUAUGUCUCUCUCUUAAAAGUCUUCUCUCUGAGGUUCGCCAUUCUUGGUCAAAAGAUGAGGGGAGAAGGGAGCAGAUUUUAGGUGACAUGCAAACGAAAAGCUUGCAGCCUAUCUUUAAAGCUUUCGUGCCAAGUAUAAAAGAAAGGGUGCAAACAGAAGUCGGUUUUGCCAUUAAUGUCUGGUUUUGUAUCCUUUCGCCGGAGAUGUGCAUAGCGUGAGGAGAGAGAACCGGAGUGGAGGAUGGUCAGGGCCUUCAUAAGGGCUUUAUGGCGGGCUCUGCUGGAGAAAAAGACCACCACCAUCGCCAACCCUCUGAGCUCCCCCUGGGUUUCCGGAGCGCCUCACCGGCGACGAUGAUCGAGGCCUCUUCCAGCAUGAGCAAGGAAUCAGCGAGCUACGACAUGGCGGAAUUCGACCAGUCGGCAAUUUUUCUAUACCUGGAUGGCCAUGAUCAAGCAUCGAUCCAAGAACAACGACAGACUCUGAACAUCUUCCCGUCGCAGCCCAUGCAUGUAGCCGAGCCAAUUCCUGCCAAGGGUGUUAGCAUGGGCAUGGUGACAGCCAUGGUUCCUAAUGGCAACUCUUCUUCUUCCAAGACUAGACCCGAGCAAGGUGGCCAGAGGAGUAGUACUACCAUUCCUCCUCUUCCUCCUCCUCCUCCUCCUCCUCCUGCCCCCACUGUACCCUCGUCUAAGGAGAACAGGAGUGGCCUCAACAUCACUAUGAAGGAAGCAACCAGCGGUGGGAAGGGUGCAGCAUCUAGUGACCAGGAGAGGGUGAAAGACCCUAAGAAACUGAGGCGGCUUGCACAGAAUAGGGAGGCAGCCAGGAAGAGUAGGAUUAGGAAGAAGGCUUAUAUCCAACAGUUGGAAACAAGUAGGAUUAGGCUAACCCAUCUUGAACAACACGUUCAAGCCGCAAGAGUACAGGGUGUCUUGAUGGGUACCGGAGUGCAGACGGGUUUUUCUUCUGCCCCUUCACCAGCUGCAAUAUUUGACAUGGAGUAUGGGAGGUGGGUUGAAGAACACAGCAAGCUGAUGUAUCAGCUGAGGGCUGCGCUAAAUGAGCACCUGGCUGACGACCAGCUGCAGGGCUUCGUCGAUGUUGCGAUGGCCCAGCACGAGGAGCUACUAAACCUCAAGGACACCAUUGCCAGAGUCGACGUCUUCCACCUCUUGUCUGGAGUAUGGGCAAGCCCUGCCGAGCGUUGCUUCCUGUGGUUGGGUGGCUUUCGCCCCUCGGAGGUUAUAAAGGUGAUGCUGAAGCAUGUGGAGCCACUGUCGGAGGGUCAGAUCCUGGGCAUAUACAACCUUCAGCAGUCAGUGCAGGAAAGGGAGGAGGCCCUCAGCCACGGCAUGGAAGCCAACCAGCAGACCAUCUCCGACAUUGUUGCCACCCCCGAUGUCGCCCCUGCCACCUUCAUGGGCCACAUGUCCGUCGCCAUGAACAAGGUGGCCUCUAUGGAGGGCUUCGUCAGCCAGGCAGAUGGACUCAGGCAGCAGACCCUCCACAAGCUGCACGACAUCCUGACCACUCGUCAAGCAGCCCGAUGCCUGGUGGCGAUCGCUGACUACUUCCACCGCCUUCGUGCGCUCAGCACGCUGUGGGUUGCGAGGCCCAGGCAGGACGGGGGGCCAGGGCUGUAGAAGAAGCUGACAGAAGAAGACGACGAAGAAGAAGAACAAUAAUGCAUGCAUUGUGCAAGUUUAAUUGCUCUUCUUCUUCUUGCAUGCAUUGGAAGAUUAGUCCCAGAGAAGAACGCAAUGCAUGCAAGAUUCAGUUAACCUAAUUAAGAACUAGUGUAAGGUCGCUUAAAUUGAUCUGGGAAUGCACACUGAAGAGAGGAUUAAUGACGUUGAGGUCUCUUCUUCAGAUGUGUGACUUGCAACUUCUUUAAGGUGUACAUGUAUGUAGUGUUUAGGCUAGGGGCAGAGAAGGGCAGGAAGUAGAAAUAGUGGAGACUUUGGACUUCUCUUUGUUCCUAACUUAUUUUCACCAACUGCUGGACUUAAGUUCACCCAGAACAUCGUUCAUCUGGGGCAGCUCUUUGAAUGCAAUUACCUGGUAACGAAAUCGUAGCAUGACAGAAGUUGCUUGAGUAGCUUG